AUUGUUGGCGGGUUGUAUCUGUGUGAUUAUAUUGUGUUGUAAAGCUUUUCCGUUUAGGGCGUAAUUUCAAACUGAUAACCGAUUGAUGAACGCAAUGGUGUCAUGUAAUCCAAAUCGUCAACAGUCGAAGUGACGGAUUUUUUAUUGAUACGCUAACUUUCGGCACAAACACGUAGAUGUAGCUUUUUUACCCCGAACACUUUCAAGUUUAUUAUCUGACAAGUUUCGUAACGAGAAAAUAUGGUUAUAACGGUGCCGUCUUUAGAUGAUGGGAGUAGGAGCAAUAGUAUAAAUUCCACCUCUAUCCUUCCGAUGACUCAAGAACAGAAAGAUUGGUUGUUAGCUAUCGUUGACUGUGAUCAACCGAAAAUGACAAGAAUGCUUAAUCAACACCCUGAAUUAGCUGUAUGGAAGACUAGUAUCAAUGGAUAUACUGCACUACAUUAUGCAGCUAAAUAUGGAGAUUGUGCUGCUAUCCGAUUGUUACUUGGAAAUUACCAUGUUCAAGUUGAUGCUCAGUCAUGUGAGGGUAUGACUCCUUUACAUUUGGCCGCUGCCAACGGGAAUGAAGAUGUUAUAUUCUUAUUAACUUCCGUGUACAAAGCUAGAACUGAUAUACGAGAUUUUUGUGGACGGUUACCAAGCGCUUAUCUGCCUAAAGAAAAGGAGGCAUUAGCAAAAUACCUUCCGAAUCCUUUGCGCGUCCUAUUGCAAAAUUGUAAUAAUUAUUUAUAUUUGUUAGUGAGCCAACCAGAAACAAACCGAUUGCCAUCUGAUCCUGUUUCAAACGAAGAUAAUAGUAAUAAUGAGUGUAGUAGUGAUUGUGGGUUAGUGAAUAAUCUUAAUGCUCUACCUCCUACACCAAUUAAUUCUCAUUUUCCAUGGAGUCAAAGUAAUCAAAACUGCACAGAAGAAUCGCGUCGACAAUCAUCUCUUUCGCAAGGCCUAGGUUCAUUUCGUAGUGGGAAACGUGAUUCUUCAAGAGAUAGGCAUAGAAUGUACAAAACCCUACCGUCUGGAGUGGUCAAUAAAAUAAUGUGCUUUCCACUAGUAGACUUGAAAUUCGUAAAUACGGGUUCCAGAAUUCCUACAGUCAAGCUAAAAUUUGAUGAUCCAAAAAGAAUUUUCGAUUCAAAUUUUCGGUAUGAUGAUGUAAAACUCAUCCAAAAUGUAUACACACAUAUUCGUCAGAGGCGUAAAAGAGCUUCAUUUUAUUAUAAUCCAUGUAAUCCUGAGAGUACUAAAUCAUCGGAACCAAAUGUAAGAGAUAAUACUAGCCGCUUAGGACCAUCAAAUUUACGUUCAACUAUUGGUCGUCAAUUAAAGCGCCACAUAUAUAAUGCUCGCAGUGCGAUGUCGGCGACGCAAAAAAAUGAACUAACUGAACUUGUAAACAAUAAUAAUGGUAGUGAUGAUGACGAUGAAUUUACUGAUCCACCAACUCCAACAAAUGAACUGAAUGAUGAAGAGAAACAAUAACUUUUGUAUCGGACUAAUAAUAUAUUCAUCUGUUUGCUUUUUUCUUUUAAAAUAACUUUUCUUUUCGAAAACAAGAUUAUUUAUAUUAUAUUAUGUGCCAAAAUUUUAAUCUGAAAUUUAAUAAAUGCUUAGUAAUGAGAAAAUUCUAUUGAUUAAAAAUAAAGGAAAUAUAAAUGUAUAUGUAUAUUCUAUUGAUUUGCUUCCUCUUUUUUUAUUGCAUCAAUAUUUUUGUGUGAAACAUCAUAACUAGAAUUGUUGCCAGGAUUUGUUUGAUCACAAGUACUAUCUUUAUUUGAACGCUUAAGAAAUUGCAUCAUUAUAUUUGAGCUACCAUAAGAUUUAGUCAUUUUCCUGUAAAAUAAGAAGUGGAAAAUAAAAGAAAAAAUCACACUGAAUUAAA